GUCCCCUGCUGGCUUCUUUUACCAUCUUCAAUUCUAAUUCUUAGUAUAUAACAUAUUGUUAUAGAGAUCUCAAACUCAGGUUUUAUGGCAACACGUUUCAAAUCUCUGCGUCUAAGUUUCAAGGUUUCAAAGUCAUGGCUGAUUCAGGCAUAUUGGAUCGAGCAAAGCAUUUUCUCUAGCAUCAAAUAUAUAUAUAUAUAUAAAAACGGCAGCAUUUCUCCAUGAUCUAAUUUAAUAUUAUUUAAUUAAUUUUUAAAGGAGUCCCUUCAGAUUGUUGACUUUUGAUCUCCAUCAUCUACUAGUUCAGAGAGGGGAUCUACAAAUCCUGUGAGUAAAAAUAGAAAGGUUCACUGAUUAUGGUUAGUAGAUAGAUGUGUACGGUUUAAGUGGCAUCUUCAGGUAUCUCUCUGUGAGUGACAUCUAUAGAAGGAGCGGCAACAAGUGAAAUGGUUCAGGAUGCGUUGAGAACCUCCGGAAGUGGUGGAGGACUUCCGAAAACGGCUGUAUCUAAUGGCGGAGGGAGAGGCCGUGGCUUGUUGUUACGCGGCUGGCAGGUCCAGAAUACCUCAAUGAACAUCAAAAUCAUGAUUCUCUGCGGCUUCGUGACCAUUCUCGUUUUACUUGGCACAGUCAGUUUUGGUAACCUUGGAAGCUCCAACGCUGACGACGCUGUUAAUCAAAAUCUCAUCAAGGAAACCAAACCGAUUCUUGCCGAGAGCCCAUCUGCUUCGGUUCCGAACGACUUGGACUUGGAGGAGCCGCCGAAAGCUGAGGUUAAUCCCAACGUGACGUACACUCUAGGGCCCAGGAUCACCAACUGGGACAGUCAACGCAAGGUAUGGCUAAAUCAGAACCCUGGGUUUCCUAGUAUAGUCAACGGCAAAGCUAGAAUCUUGCUUCUUACCGGGUCUCCCCCUGGACCCUGUGACAAACCCAUUGGAGACUAUUAUCUAUUGAAAUCAGUGAAAAACAAGAUUGAUUACUGUAGGAUUCACGGGAUAGAGAUUGUGUACAACAUGGCACAUCUAGAUGAGGAACUCUCAGGGUAUUGGACGAAAUUACCUAUGAUUAGGAGAUUAAUGCUGUCUCAUCCAGAAGUAGAAUGGAUUUGGUGGAUGGAUAGUGAUGCUUUGUUCACUGAUAUACUGUUUGAGAUCCCCUUGUCUCGGUACGAGAAGCAUAAUCUAGUGAUACACGGGUAUCCAGACUUGUUGUUCAACCAAAAGUCAUGGGUUGCGUUGAACACGGGUGUUUUUCUGUUGAGGAAUUGUCAGUGGUCAUUGGAUUUGUUAGAUGCUUGGGCUCCAAUGGGACCAAAAGGGCCAAUCCGCAACGAAGCUGGGAAGGUACUGACAGCUUAUCUGAAGGGUCGGCCAGCUUUUGAGGCAGAUGAUCAGUCAACGUUGAUUUAUCUCCUGAUUUCACACAAGGAGAAGUGGAUGGAGAAGGUUUACGUUGAGAACCAAUACUAUUUGCACGGCUUUUGGGAGGGUUUGGUUGAUAAGUAUGAAGAGAUGAUGGAGAGGUAUCAUCCGGGAUUGGGUGAUGAGAGAUGGCCUUUUGUGUCGCAUUUCGUGGGUUGCAAACCGUGUGGCAGCUACGCUGAUUACGCAGAGGAGAGGUGCUUUAAGGGCAUGGAGAGGGCUUUUAAUUUCGCAGAUAACCAAGUGCUGGAGCUGUAUGGGUUUAGCCACAGGGGACUGUUGAGCCCCAAGGUUAAGAGGAUCAGAAACGAGACGGUUUCUCCUUUUGAGUAUGUAGACAAGUUUGAUAUCCGGAGAACGCAUGCGGAAGCAAAACCAUGAAGUGAAUCAUACACAGCUUGACGAAACUUGAGUUAAUGUUAUAGGUAACAAAGAACACUCACAUAAUCAAAUGCAAUAUUUUCGUCGUUUUAGCAUGUACUUGUUUCUUGUGCUUUAUUGCAUGUUGUUUUCCAGCUCUGCUAAUUUUUUUUUUCUUUUUUCCAUAGAUAAUUUUGUCUUUUUCAGUCAAUAUAUGGAGAAAUUUGAUAUUGCAAUUCUGCUUGUUA